AUGGAUGAAAAAUUGAAACCAGUAUUGGAAGAAAAUAGAAAUUUAAAAACGAAGUUAGAAAAACUGGAAAAUAAGGUACAACUUUUAGAAAAAGAUAAGAAAAGCAACAAUAUAGUAAUCUAUGGAUUGAAAGAGGGCAAAAAAUCUGUAACAGAAUUACUAGAGACAACGAGACAAAAAUUACACGAAGAAUUAAACAUAAAAGUUGAAAACUCUGAGAUAAAUAAAAUUUAUCGAAUUGGAAAUUUAGGAAAUAAAGAGAAACCGAGACCUACCCUCGUAUCCUUUAUCAAUGGAUGGAAGAAGAGCGAAGUUCUGAAAACCAAGAAGAAGUCCAAAGAGUUAUAUAUCUCUGAAGACUACACCAAAGAAACAUUGGAGAAGAGGAAGGCAUUACUCCCACAACUAAAGGAGGAACGUGACAAAGGAAACAUAGCCUACCUAAAAGAUGAUAAACUUUUUAUCAAGGAAAAUGUAGGAGUUAAAGACAGAAGGAAAAGAGAACCAUCUGCCUCUCCGUAUGAUAAUCUGCAACCGAAAAAACAGCAGUUGACAUCCUCAACGGAAAAAAUAAAUGCAUUUGACUUGAUGAGGGGUCGAUCUAAUUCUUUUACAUCCCAACCAUCUGAAAAACAACAAUAG